AUGGAAGAAAAUAUAGUAAAUGACAAAAAAUGUGUAAAACUUGAUCUCUAUAUCGAUGAAGAAGAGACACUCCAUCAAAGUCAUGACGAAAGUGCAGACGAAGUGCUGUGUCUUCGGAUACUUAGCUCACAAGCGAAGUACCGGUUCGGCGGACUUAAGGUUCACAUCGAGAGUCCGGUGUUUAACGUCGGRAAGAUAUUUAACGUCGAGUUUGAUGAGGACAGUGAAGUAGCGCUCAUUAAAAGCCAAAAGGACGCGCUCGGCAACGACACUAUCUUUGCCGGAAAGACUACGCCAACCACUUCUAAAGCGGCCACUAUUGUGGUCAGUCCCGAUCGGGACGAUCCCGAACUAACAACAUGUCCGCGUGUUAGUGCCGACCUUACACUGAUUGAGGCAAACGAUGCCAUACCCGACGUCGUCAACGAUAAAGAUGACGCUAACAAUAGUGUGAUGAGUGGUGACGAAGUUACAGCCGCUACCGCCGCUGCUGGCGGUCGUCGUAUGUCUUCACAGAUGAAAAAAUAUGUGUCGCGAAGAUUUCAGUCGAGUUGGAAUAAUGCCGUUCGAGUCAAACGAUUCUUCUCGGAUACGAUGCCCUUCUGGAACUAA